GGAAGUGACCUUGUGACCUGUGGAGCAGGAAGUCCUUACAGUGCUUCUACAAGCCAAGCGAUGCUCAAGUAAAUUUAUUUUCCAGCGAGAGAAAGGCUAAAUGGCAAGUAAGACAUUACAACAAGAGUUUCCACUGCACUGGCUGGCCUGGCACAAUAACUAUGAGGAACUCGAUCGGGUGCUGAAGAAAAAACAGCAUGACAUCGAGUUGAAGGAUCCAAGAGGCCGCACACCGGUCCAUCUGGCGGUGAGUCUGGGCCAUUUGGAAAGCACACGUGUGUUGCUGAGACAUGGAGCAGAUGCCAUUGCAGAGAACAAAGGGUGCUGGUCAGUGCUACAUGAGGCUGUGUGCAGUGGAGACCCAGAACUGGUGCAGUUGGUACUGCAGUACCGAGAUUUCCAGCGUUAUAACAAGCGCACCGUUGGUGUGCCAGAACUCUUGCAGAAACUCAAGGAGUCACAAGACUUCUAUGUGGAGAUGAAGUGGGAAUUCACCAGUUGGGUGCCCCUCAUAUCAAGGAUGUGCCCAAGUGAUACAUAUCGGGUGUGGAAAAGUGGUUCCAGUGUGCGGAUCGAUACUACUCUGCUGGGAUUUGACAACAUGUCUUGGCAGCGAGGCAGCCGCAGCUACAUUUUCAAAAGUUCAGGCACUGGCGCAGCAGUGAUGAUGGAGGUUGAUCACGAUAACAAGGAUGUCUACUCCGAGACCAUCCGCACAUUACCUGUGGCAGCUGAUCCUUCCCUUAUGCGACCAUCCGAGGAAGCUGUUGCUGCACGACUUACAUCCCCAGUUGUUACCACCUAUAUUGAUACAAAUAGGAUUUCCUUUGAAAGGAGCAGAUCAGGGCUGUGGGGGUGGCGCAGUGACAAGAUGGAAUCUGUUAAUGGGUAUGAGUGUAAGGUAUUUGGUGCCAAUAAUGUGGAACUGAUUACCAAGUCACGGACAGAGCAUCUAACAAAACAAGACAAAGAACGGUCCAAACGGAACAACAAGACACCCCUUGAAACUUUUCUUGGGGCCACUGAAGAUCCAACCCUCAGCCAGUCUAGUAGCAAUGGCAAUGGGACAAUCAGUCUUGUGUCAUACAACCCCUCCUCAAUCACUCCAGAAGAAUAUUUUAAUGCUCAUGUUGACUUGGGUGACCGCGAUAUUGGCCGCCCCAUUGAGCAGUCCACGAAGGUUCAGAAGUUCAGGGCAACGCUGUGGCUGUGUGAAGAUUUCCCGCUGUCACUACAGGAACAAGUCCUGCCUAUCAUCGAUCUCAUGGCUACCAGCAAUGCUCACUUCGCUAAGCUCCGUGACUUCAUUACGCUGCAACUGCCCUCUGGAUUUCCUGUUAAAAUUGAAAUUCCUCUUUUCCAUGUACUCAAUGCCAGAGUUACUUUUGGCAAUAUCUUUGGUUCAGUGACGCCUGCCAACCAUGUUAAUGUGAUUCAAGAAAUGCCCAUGGCAUGUUCAGUAGAUGAACGAUGUUUUGAAGCACCAUCCACAUACAACCGGAGUGGCGAUGCACAUCACGAGCGGCUUCGUGAUGAAGAUGAUGAGCUGCUGCAGUUUGCCAUCCAGCAGAGUUUGGUGCAGUCUGGAACAGAAGAGGAACAGGUGACAUUCUGGGAGGCUUUGAAUCGCAGUCAUCCUGGCUCAAACCCUGAGGAGGAUGACAGGCAAAUGCAAAGGGCUAUAGCAGCAAGCUUAAUGAACACACCAAGUUCCGCCCCAAUGGCUAUGGAGGGGCCUGCUGCAAGGUCGGUGCCACCUGCUCCCCGAGCCCUGGUUGAUGACGAAGAACAGCUGCGACUGGCCCUGCAGUUGUCACAGCAAGAUGCAGAAGCAGCAGCUGAGCAACAGCGGCAGGAAGAGGAGGAACUGGAGCGCAUUCUGCAGCUAUCGCUGACGGACAAAUGAUGCUAGGCAGCAUGCAAAGACUCCCCUGGUCUCUGCACAGAAGAUUCCCUCCUGUGUAAGGGAGAUCACAAAGUGUUGCUUACACAUGCAUGUGUCCAUAUCCUAUGCAGAUGUUGAGUCCAGGUUUGGGAGUUGGGGCCAUCAUUCAGCAGACGGUCAUUUUCUGCUCGUGUCUCCCAUGUAAUCACAAGCCUUGGAUUUUAUGUGAAGGAGGUGCAGAACUAAAUGCGGCUUUUUUAUCACUUGUUUGUUUUUCCUCCACAGAAGCGUUGAAUUGACAGAAGCGAGGCACAGUGUUUGCUUUUUGUUGUUGCUGGAAAAAAAAUAAGACUUAUGUUUUGGAGAUGGAGUGACUUAGUGUAGUAAAAAUGGAUGAAAAUAACUUGUAAAUGUGCUUGCCUUAUGUAUACAUGUGUGUAUAUUUGUAUACAUGUGUGUAUAUUCGCAAGAGGAAAAAUGCAUUCGUGUAUUUCAUGCUCACUUGCAGAAUUUCUUGCAUUAUCUGCAACAAUCUGUUUCAUGUCUGUUUAUAAAUUUGUACCAGAAAACCAUAUCAGAAUGAGAUUUUUCUACACCUUUACCUGUUCUGGUAAAGUGUUGCCAGCAGAGUGGUGAGGCUUCUUUGUACAAGUGUGAGCAUAAUCUAAUUUUUAACAAAUCUCAUGAUGUAUAAUAAUUCAUUUAUGAAAUCUGCAAUAAUUUUAAGAUCAACUAUUUUUAGCAGCUUGUUCACAAAAAGUUCAUCACAUCAGUUUGAUCAAAAUUUUAGCAGUUGAAACAUGAAGAAAGAUUCUUACCUGAAAAUGCAAUAUGGUGCAGUCCAGUAAAAUGAAAGCUGGCAUGGUUUUAAAAAUAGACAAUGGCCAAAAUUCCUUUUUUUGAAAACGAGAGAAUUCCAUUGGCAAAGGUUGAUUCGUACUGAGCUAUGGCAUUUUCUGCGAAGCAUUUUCAAGUGGGCUAACUGACUAGCUGAAGCUUUCAUGGACUAGACAUUUUGCUUAUCUGCAUGCAUACAUGUGUGCUUGUCUGCAUCCAAGUGCGAGCUUGUUUCCUCUAGUCAUUUUUAGCAAGCUGUGAUGAGAGGUCUGCUAUUUAGGCACAAUGUCUGAGAUUAGUAGUCACUAGUGUUCUGUGAAUUCAAAUAUUAGGGUCAGUGAUGUGUUUUACUUGCAAUUUUGUGUCUAAAUAACCUGUCCUGAACCAACACUGAAAAUCUGGAAUGGUAAAGAAGCUUGAUGAUUCAUUGGAUCAGUUGUAUGCUUUACAUUCCUGAUAUAAAUUUCAUUUGCACUCCAAAUGAGGGUGGUGAGAAAAUAUGAAUCUGCUUACUGAAAAUAACAUUAGCUGUUGACAGAUAGGCUGGCAUGACAGCUUUGUUGUAAGUCUGAGCACAUAAUUUUGCUGUGUAAGGUAUUAUUGUGUUCAUGCACAUAGAAAAAACAAUUCUUUCCCAGAUAUGUGUGUGAGAAACUGUUGGUGCAGGACUAAUAUUUGUUCAUUGGUGCAGGUCACAGACUUUGCAGCAGCAAACUUUUUAAAUAAUUUAAUCCUUGCUAUGAUUCCCCUGUAAGUUUUCACCAUUAAUAAUUCUAGAUGGUAUAGUUUUUAAUGAUGGACAUGGCUGUGUGUGUGUGUGUGAGGGAUUCUAGGUACACGGUAGUGCAUUUGUGUUUACUGCCAUCUCUUUAUAGAUUAAGCGGUAAGUUGAAGCAUGUGAGCUAGGAACUAAGAAAGUACAUAGAAACAUGCUGAAGUAGUAAGUGCUAGUUCUUGUCAUUAAUGUGCUUUCUUACAUGCAUUCCGUUUUUGUGAAGGAGAUUUGUUUGUGUAACAAAAGGGGACAUACCUUUCACAUACAAACGCACACACACCGCUUAGGUAUGGGGUAUGUAUACCUGUGCAGAACAUGUUUGUGUAGGAAUACAUACCUAGCACUUUGCAUAAAUGACAGAGUGCAAAAAACAUGCAGUUAUGUGGUUUGUCUCCUUGUGUGAGUGUUUGAGUGGAUAUAUCCUUGCAGUACACACGCCUGGCUAUAGAAAUUAAGAAACGCUGAAGCAUUAGUACAAUAUAAAUUAUUCUUGUGUACAUUUUAGCAUGCUUCACUUCCUGUUGUAGACGAGAGCCCUAGUGCUUUGAAGUUUAUGUACAACUGGUGAUUAUGUUGUGCACACUUUUGUACAAACAUUUGCAUCCACACAGUGUAAAUGAUAAAAGGCUUCUUAAUGUGUUACAUUGAUAUUCGAUAUUGUUGUUUAUCUUGUUCACUGGUUGGUUUUACUGUUUUGCCUUUUAAAUAACCUGUACAGAGAAUGCUGUAGACUGUGGUAGUUGUCCUCCACUGGAUUGACUCACAGAUUCUUUCCCUUUAGCCAUAUAGUCUUGGGUUACUGCCUAAAGUAAGCCAAACGGACUGUGCAGAACAGGGAGAGGUCAUAAACAUUUAAUAUCAUUGUUGACUGGAUUCGUUUUUCUCAGAGGCUGAACACAGUUGACUGGGCUCAUCACUGAAAUAUUUUAAAGAUUUUUCCUGUAGAUUAAGCAGGGAUAUUUUGACAAAGACAUUUAUCAUUGAUUUAUGUUUCAUUAAAUUGUGGCUUUCAUUUUCUUUGACCUCAUCCUUUACUUUCUGCCCCAAACAUUGUAAUAAAAGGCCUCAAACAUAUGGCGAUGAUAUUUAAGAAUGCCCUCUACAUUGUAAUAAAAUGCCUCAGAUGAAGAUGAUAUUUGAAGAAAUUACAAGAGGCUUUUGUAGAGUGGGUGGUAGCUAUGCAACCACUGUCACUACAUCAGCUAUGCCGUGACCUCUUGACCUUAAUUAAGUGGUGAGGAAGCUUAGAAAGUAUGCAGUUAAAGCAUUAAAUGACCUAAUGGUAACAGGUUUGACAAUAUUUGACCCCAAUCAUGAACUGGCCAAGCAGAUCUUGAUGGUAAAUCCUAUGAUUAUUGCUAAGAAGAAAACUAUUUCUUUUUCAAAGUUCUGCAAAAUAAGCAGAAGUGGUGAGAAAACUAUUCUUGCAAAGAUUUGUGCUCAGUGGUCUACUUCUUUUUGCUAGCAUCCAUGUCCCCUAAAAAUGUUAACAUUUUAAUUUUUGAACCUUUUUCACCAAGGAAUGACAGUUCAUUAACCGCCCUAGCAUAAAGACACGAUAACUGUGACUCCUUGAUAUUUAGUGCAUUAUGUUUAUGUAACUCUCUAGACAUUGUGAGUCAGCUGAGAUUACUGAGGUAUAUCAUUUUUUUUUAAAGAUUUGCACAGUGAUUAAUUUAUUUACAACAUUUUUUUCAUGCUGAGGAAAUUCUUCAGUUGGUUGGUGCAUGAUAUUGAGUAUAGAAGUGAUUGUGUUUUAUGCUUAAUACACAUAUUCACUCAUGCAAGUCUGGGUUUGCACAGACACGUGUACACACAAGCAUGCACACACUCACACAAACGCAGAUACAGUAAUGCUAUUUGUAAACUAGGCAGUUGUAAAGAAGUGAGCUUUUCUGACAGAAUGGAAGCUUUUGGUAGCUUUGAGCACAGUGGCUAUUUUUCUUGGCUUGUUUGACGAAGUGUGUGCAUGAACACCAUUCUGUGUAGGAUUCAUAUGCAGCACAUUUAUUUAGUUAUGGUUUGUAUGAUAAUUUGGACUGUAAAGCUGUGCUUUUCAACUGUCAAGAAAUCUAUAAAGCUGCAGAAAAAACAUUACGAUGUAUUAGAAGUGUCAAUAGAAGGCUAAGCAGCAUUCUUGGCCACUAAAGUCAUCACUAAUAGUCAUCAGAUAUCAGCCUAUAGUAGGUAGCAGGAUGGUUAGAAUAGUCAUCAGAUAUCAGCCUAUAGUAGGUAGCAGGAUAGAAUAGUCAUCAGAUAUCAGCCUAUAGUAGGUAGCAGGAUGGUUAGAAUAGUCAUCAGAUAUCAGCCUGUGGGACCCCGGGGUAUGCUUGCCUAGCAAGCAUUGUAAGAACAGGGUCCCUGCCGUCCAGCCAGACAUGUCGUAAGAGGCGACUAAGGUGGACACCUCACCUAGAGGUAAAAUAGGUUAGGGUAGGGCUAACAACCCCACCAUGUAAAAAAAA